AUGUUCUACCCACUUGAAAAUCUCUUGCAAAUUGAACUUGAACACGCUGCCUUGUCACCUUUUAAAUUCAUAAAAUACACAAAAGAUAAUAUUCCAUCUGAAGGAGAUAUCAAACCUGUUGUGACUCGCAUCCUUAAGCCUCAAUUACUGCCUGUCUUUUUCACGGAUGAUGAGAACAUACCCUUUAUCUGUGUCACUCUUUUACUCAUUCCAGGCAGUCGGUUUUUGUUUGAUGAUACGAUGCAACACAGCAUGCACCUUUGGGACCUCGGAAUUCAUGCAGGGAUCCCAAUGAAACUGUCCCCUAUAGCAGUGCUUCCUACAGCACCAGGAUCCUUUGUCAGUGUCACCAGCCCAACUCCAGAUGGUCAUGGAGUCUAUGUUUGUAUUGAACAAAUAAGCUUGAACAUGGACAACCGUGUGUCGAUCUACGAAAUAUACCCAUCCUCUCCAGACGUAGCUUAUCGUCUCACUCAUUCCUUGAAGGUCAAAGGGACACUUGAUAAUGCAUACAUCUACAAAAACACACUGGCCUGCAGUUAUUGUGACAAUCUCAUCACGGUCUGGGAUUUUGUCGAAAACAAGGCAAUCAGUUGGGAGUACAAUCAUGUAAUACAUCAACCAAAUGGUGCUAUACUCUUUGCUGACACCCUCCUUCUCGUUGAACCUGGGAAAUUGACCAUCUGGGACGUGCUGAGUUCACUGUAUUUGCUGGUAUCAGAUGAUACGAAGGCUGCGGUCAUCCAGCUCCUUCCCAGAUUGGAAAUUCAUGCACUAUUGACAGCUCAAUCCCUUCGAGUUUCUCCCCCUAGUCAAUGGCUUUCUGCAGGACAGUUGAGACUGCCUCUCUUUGGCUUGUGUAGCCCAACACCCGAUGCUUUAAAUGCUUCUAUGCGAUACUACACCUUCAAAUAUGUUCCUAGCAAUCUUGAUUACAAGACGUUUGAUCCACAACAAGUGGGCAUUGGCUCUUUUCCCAUUUCAACAAUGUCCCUGAACUUUCUACAACAUAUACGGUUUUGUGGCAAGUCGCUUGCCUUGACGUGGCAGGCCAAUGGCAACAUAAAUAUCAGCCUUAUGAACAUGCCACAGGGUGAUCACGAUGGCAUGGCCACCCCCGCCACUCGACGUCUCUUCAACAGGGAGGAGUACCCUACCCGAAAGCGUCUAAUGCUUCCGGCGGUGUUCAUUCAAAGUGACUAUCCUCGGACCUUGACCAAAAUGAGCUUCAACAUUCCAGCAGAGGAUCACUCGGAAGUUGUACAUAAUAUGGGCAAAGUUGAAUUAUAUGACUGGAGGUGGCCAAAGAAACUAAUCAGUAUGAUAAAUGAGCACUUCGGGAAUAAAGGCGGCAAAGUUUUCAUUGACACCCCCACUUCUGUGGCAAUUAGUCAAAUUCAUCCUGAACACCAACACCAGGCUUGGGCCUCAAACUGGAAGGUUUCAUCUUUAAAAAGCGCUUCCAGUCAGCUUCGGCAUCAUGUUUGGAAGUCCGGUCUGGUUAUUGGCCCCCCAGUGGCCCUAACCGAGACUGAGACUGCCUCUCAGCGAGGCGGCAUGUGGGUGAAACACCGCCAGGCAUCACUUUGGGCAAUGUGCAAUGACCUGGCACGUCAAUGGACAUGCCAGGUCAUUGUUGUCCGUUGUUGGGCUGGUGACAUGGCAUUGCCAUGUUGUCAUCAUGCUUCACAACGAGCCCAAGAACGUCAAAUUCCGUUAGGAAUUGGUUCUUCUAUAAAAUAA